UGACGUAUUGCGUAUGACGUUUCCGGCCGGCUCCUUUUACUCAGCUACACUUCCCUUGUAGGUCCUUCUUUGAGCUGCAUCAUGGCGAACGUUGUCGAUACUAAGCUAUACGACAUCCUCGGAGUGUCUCCAUCUGCGUCUGAAAACGACCUGAAAAAGGCAUAUCGCAAAUUAGCAAAAGAGUACCACCCAGACAAAAAUCCAAAUGCCGGAGAUAAGUUUAAGGAGAUCAGCUUCGCCUAUGAAGUGCUCACCAACCCGGAGAAGAAGGAGCUGUACGACCGGUAUGGGGAGCAGGGCCUCCGGGAAGGAGGGGGCGGGGGCGGGGGCAUGGACGACAUCUUCUCCCACAUCUUCGGAGGGGGGCUCUUCGGCUUCAUGGGCGGGCACAACCGGAGCCGGAAUGGCGCCAGGCGAAGAGGAGAGGACAUGGUCCACCCGCUGAAGGUGUCUCUGGAAGACCUGUACAAUGGAAAGACAACAAAAUUACAACUUAGCAAGAAUGUCCUAUGUAGUGCCUGCAACGGACAGGGGGGUAAGACCGGUGCGGUCCAGAAGUGCACGGCCUGCAGGGGGCGUGGCAUGCGCAUCAUGAUCAGACAGCUGGGGCCAGGGAUGGUCCAACAGAUGCAGUCCGUCUGCACGGACUGUAACGGCGAAGGCGAGGUCAUCAACGAAAAGGACCGCUGCAGAAAGUGUGAGGGGAAGAAGGUGAUGAAGGAGGUGAAGAUCCUGGAGGUGCACGUGGACAAGGGCAUGAAGCACGGCCAGAAGAUCACCUUCGGAGGGGAGGCCGACCAGGCACCCGGGGUGGAGCCCGGGGACAUCGUUCUGGUGCUGCAGGAGAAGGAGCACGAGUCAUUCAAACGAAACGCCCAUGACUUGCACAUGACCCACAAGAUCGGCCUUGUGGAGGCACUUUGCGGAUUCCAGUUCACGCUGAAGCACUUGGACGGCAGGCAGAUUGUGGUGAAGUACCCCCCUGGUAAAGUCAUCGAGCCAGGUUCCAUCCGGGUAGUCCGUGGUGAGGGCAUGCCACAGUACCGUAAUCCCUUUGAAAAGGGGGACUUGUACGUAAAAUUUGAGGUCCAGUUUCCUGACAACAACUGGAUCAGCCCAGAGAAACUUGUGGAGCUGGAGGACCUGCUGCCCUCCCGGGCGGACCCUCCCAUCAUCUCGGCCGACGCCGAGGAGGUGGACCUGCAGGACUGCGACGUGGGCCAGGGCUCAGCCGGGGGCCAGCGCCGCGAGGCCUACAACGACAGCUCCGACGACGAGAGCGGCCCCCACGGCCCCGGGGUGCAGUGCGCCCACCAAUAGGAGCGGAGCAGGGGGGACGAAACAUGCUGCACAAAAUGUACCACAUUUUCAUCUGGUUUGGACUUUUCCCCACACCUACCUAUCGCCCCUAUUCCCGCUCCCCCUCCCCGCCUCCGGCAGUCCAGGUCAGAACAAGGUCACGAGUCUCACUCUGCUCAGCAUGUAACUUUUUUUUUUUUUUUUUUUUUUUUUUGUCAUGAUAGUAUUCUGUUAAUUUAAAUGAACCGUGAAAUAAAAUGCAGAAGUGUUGCCUCGAGGCUUGAGUGGGUGGGAAAGAUGCAGACCAAUCCUAGGGACGCGCUUGCCAUCCCAAGGUUUUAGCUUGGUUAUAUCCCGGUUUGAUUUUUACCACUUUCUGUUUGUAGUUUUUUUAUAUAUAGAUUUUAAAACAGAGGAAAGGGGUAUGAUUGACAGUAGGGUUGUAUAGGAUGCAGGCCUCCGAUGCUGCUUUGGGGGGUACUUCAUAGCCAGUGUCUGUCCUCAAAAGCUGCAUGAUGGAGAGUAAUGGAUUCUGUCCUGGGAAACUAAAUUAGAGCAUGGGAAAGUCUCAAAUUUACAGACGAAGAGGUACAUUACUUCUGUCAAAAAAAAAGAAAAGAAAAAAACUUCUAAAGUUGCCGAAAUAAAAUGUAAAUCUCUUGACCUGUACUGAGCAUGUCAUCUGUAAACGUAUCCCACUGUAACCGCAUGGUACUCCUAAGGCCUUGCAUGCGUCUGUUCUGAUUGGAUCAGCUGCCAAUUAAGGGAUUGUACAUUGGUGAGAGGGAAGUCACCGUGGCCAAAUCUGCUCCUGAACUAUGGCCACCCUCCAAACCCAGCUUUAGUUUUUCCAAAUACAGGGGACACAACCGGUCUGCUUCUUCUUGCAGACAUGUCAUUGUUCACAUAUUGGUUGAACCUUUACAGUUCUUGCAGGAGUACAAUUUAAGGUUAGUGCCUAGCUACAUAUUCAGUGUGUUUCCCUAUGUAAGCUUGUUGCAUCAAUCGUGGGGGUGAGUGAAUACCAAAUGUGACACUUUAUAAUCCUGAGUGGGAACAGACUGCAAAUCAGUCACUUUGGGCUGGGAGACUAUGAUUAGGCCCAGCCAUUGGGAGUGAAAAUGCCUUUAUAAAAAGUAUAAUCUUGCAUAACCACUGUUGUAGUCCCAUUUGUGUAAGGUGUACAGUACUUGACAGCAGUAUCUGCAUUUACUCAUUUUAGUCUGUACUUAUUCCCAGUCCAAUAUUUCUUCAUAAAAAAAAAAUAAACUCAGAAGUCAACGGAGCUUCCUGCCAAGGUUUCCUCCAUGUCUGCAUCCACAGACCAGUGCAGAGGACAUGGCAGACCGGUCCCUGUAUCUGUCCCAACCUCUCAAGCAGCCCCUUCUGCAGAACAUGAUCUUGUGUCCAUUUUUCCUUGUACAAUAAAAGCUGUCACCCGU